AUAGGGGAGGAGAAAAACCCUAGCCGCCUAUCCAUAUACAGCAACUAGGAAGCGAAUCAUUGGACUCCUCCGUUUGUUGCUCCUGUAGAGGGACGAGAAGGCGGCUUCGCAAAUCAUGGUUUCGGGUUCGGGGCUAUGCCCGAGGCGGGUGGUGGUGGACGCGCGCCACCACAUGCUGGGACGGCUGGCGUCGAUCGUGGCCAAGGAGCUCCUCAAUGGGCAGCGCGUGGUGAUCGUCCGCUGUGAGGAGAUCUGCCUUUCCGGGGGGCUCGUCCGUCAAAAGAUGAAGUACCUCCGCUUUCUCCGCAAGCGCAUGAACACCAAGCCCUCUCAUGGCCCCAUCCACUUCCGCGCCCCCGCCAAGAUCCUCUGGCGCACCAUCCGCGGGAUGAUUCCUCACAAGACGAAGCGUGGGGCCGCUGCGUUGGCAAGGCUCAAGGCAUACGAGGGGGUGCCACCUCCGUAUGAUAAGAUCAAGAGGAUGGUUAUUCCUGACGCCCUCAAGGUAUUGAGGCUUCAACCCGGCCAUAGAUACUGCUUGCUUGGCCGGCUGUCCUCGGAGGUCGGAUGGAAUUAUUAUGAUACCGUCAAGGUGCUCGAGGCAAAGAGGAAAGAGAGGGCCGCGGUAGCUUAUGAGAGGAGAAAGCAGCUUACAAAGCUUAGGUUGAAGGCAGAAAAGGCUGCUGGGGAUAAGCUUGGUUCCCAGCUUGACAUCCUUGCGCCAUUGAAGUACUGAGUUGAUUGGGUAGUUUUGUUACAACAAUAUUAGCCAUUUUAUCAUUUUUGUUUGGUUAGACUGAGUUUAUCAUGGUAUGGAUGUGUAUGCUGCGACAUUGGAUUUCUUAGUUUUGAGCGUUGCAUUGGUUGGAAAACGUUGGUCCUUUAUUAAUUGGUUUCUCCCUUAAUUGUUGAA